CGCGCCUCUUCCAAUGGCAGCUCACCUGAGAGCCACCUCCAUCCAAUCAGCUCGCAGUUCGUCCCUCUGCCUUGUAUCCUUGAGUGAAAGAAUCCAGCUCCUCUCGAGAAAGUUACCUGUGGGCGCCUAGGUCUGCUGCUUUCCGCUCUGUGCCUCCCACUGCCCCAGCACCACGGGAGAGAGCCCAGCACCCAGCCUCUGCCCACAUGUGAGGGGGGAGGGGGCUCUACCUGUCCUACCUCUGGGGCUGGCGGAGGGGGGGGGAGAGGGAGGAAAGCAGAAUUACUAGUAGCUCUGGUUCUCCCGUCCCGGGCGCUCACACACACCUUCACCUGCACAGACUUGAAAGUCCAGUUUCACCAGAGAGACUGAGGCAGCAGGAAAAGGGGAGAGAGUUCAUUGGAUCAAACAUGUCACAAGAGACGGACAAUAACAAACGGCUUGUGGCCUUAGUACCAAAUGAGACACCAUUCAAUACCAGACGAGCCUACACAAGUGAAGAUGAAGCCUGGAAAUCGUACCUGGAAAAUCCCCUAACAGCAGCUACCAAGGCUAUGAUGAGCAUAAAUGGAGAUGAGGACAGUGCUGCUGCUCUCGGCCUAUUGUAUGAUUACUAUAAAGUUCCCAGAGAUAAAAGGCUGUUGUCUGUUAACAAAGUGAGUGACAGUCAAGAAGACCAAGAUAAAAGAAAUUGUCUUGGUACUAAUGAAGCUCAGAGUAAUUUGAGUGGAGGAGAGAACAGAGUUCAAGUCCUGAAGACAGUACCAGUUAAUCUCUCCUUAAACCAAGAACAUCUGGAGUCUUCCAAAAGGGAGUACAGCACAAAUGUAUCUGGGAGCCCAACGCCAAUCUCAGUGACUGGAGUUACUGUGGUAAAGGCAGAAGAGUUCACACCAGUUUUUAUGGCCCCGCAAGUGCAUUAUGUUAGGGGUGAAAAUGAGGAGCAUCGGGGGGUUAUCUUUGAACAGACUCAGUAUGAAGUGCCCAACAUUGCCCCCCAUACAAACUAUCUCAAAGAUGACCAGCGUAGUACUCCUGAUAGUACUUACAGUGACACUUUCAAAGAUGGGGGAACAGAAAAGUAUCGCAGUGCGUCAGUAGGGGCUGAGGAAUACAUUUACGAACAAACAGCAAGCAGCACUUUUCAGUAUACUCUAGAAGCUACCAAAUCUCUGCGUCAAAAGCAAGGGGAAGGACCGAUGACCUAUUUGAACAAAGGACAGUUUUAUGCCAUUACUCUGAGCGAGACGGGUGACAACAAGUGUUUCCGACAUCCCAUCAGCAAAGUCAGGAGUGUGGUCAUGGUUGUAUUCAGUGAAGAUAAAAACCGAGAGGAACAGCUGAAGUAUUGGAAAUACUGGCAUUCUCGGCAACACACAGCUAAACAGAGGGUCCUUGAUAUUGCUGACUACAAGGAGAGCUUUAACACCAUUGGGAAUAUUGAAGAAAUUGCAUACAAUGCUGUGUCCUUUACUUGGGACGUCAAUGACGAAGCCAAGAUUUUCAUCACGGUGAAUUGCCUGAGCACGGAUUUCUCCUCACAAAAAGGAGUGAAGGGGCUUCCUUUGAUGAUUCAGAUAGACACAUACAGCUACAAUAAUCGCAGCAAUAAACCCAUCCACCGGGCCUACUGCCAGAUCAAGGUCUUCUGUGACAAAGGAGCAGAAAGGAAAAUCCGUGAUGAAGAGAGGAAGCAGAACAGGAAGAAAGGGAAAGGCCAAGCAUCACAAGCCUCAUGCAAUAACUCAGCUGAAGGGAAAUUGUCUGCUCUCCCUCUGCAAAAAAAGAGCGACAUCACCUACUUCAAAACAAUGACUGACCUGGAUUCUCAACCAGUUCUCUUCAUACCAGAUAUUCACUUUGGAAACCUACAAAGGACUGGACAGGUUUGCUAUAACAUAGACGACGAGAGAGAAGGUAGCAGCAUCCUGGUUAAAAGGAUGUUCCGGCCUGUGGAGGAGGAGUUUGGCCCAUCGCCUUUGAAACAAAUGAAAGAAGAAGGACUGAAAAGAGUGCUUCUGUAUGUGAGGAAAGAGACUGAUGAAGUGUUUGAUGCUUUGAUGCUAAAGUCACCCACAGUGAAGGGGCUAAUGGAAGCGAUAUCUGAGAAAUAUGGGCUUCCAGUAGAAAAGAUUGCAAAACUUUACAAGAAAAGCAAAAAGGGAAUCUUAGUAAAUAUGGAUGAUAACAUCAUUGAACACUACUCCAACGAGGACACUUUCAUCCUGAACAUGGAGAGCACCGUGGAAGGCUUCAAGAUCACGCUGACUGAGAUCUAGCCUAGCUCAGGGCCCUUUCCUGAGGAACCACAGAAUUUCAUCCUUGUUGUGAAGAAGAACAUUCCCCAGGACCCUGGCAGACUUGUCAACGCUGAUCAGAGAAGCUGUUACAAAAAUGCAUUGAAAAUAUUGCCCACUCUGUUAUUCAAUACUAAAAACAAACCCAACAAACAGUGACUUGAGUCUGUUAAGCAUGAGGCCACACAUUCACUUGACCCCUUAUUUAUUGCUCCCCCCUCUUCAAUGUACAAGCGAUUAUCAGACCAGUUACCCACAGCUCAUGUGAAAUAGCAACUUUUGAACCCAGAUGUUAAAACAGCACAAAAGCACCCUAAAAGGGAAAGGAAUUGUAUUGGUCCAACUUGGGAAAUCUGAUUGAAAUCCCUUUAACGAUAGCCCCCUCCACAAUCAAUUGCCAGAAAAUCUGAUGCUACUAAUUGGUGCAGUGCUAAAGAUGGGGAAAGUGGCCAACUGAAUUCACCUGCUCAAAAUGAUGCCUAUUGCUCUGUAGUGCAUAGUCUUGCCAAAUACCUCUGGUAGUUCUCUGCAUGUAGCAAUGAGGACGUGUAAGUAAGGCAUUCAUCUAUAUUGUAAUUUGUAAGUAAGCUGGAAAAAAUACCAUUUUAACCUUGUAUAUAAUGUUUAUAAUAUGCAAUAAUAUAUUUUAACCUACUGUACAUGGGCAUGUUUACUGCCACUGUGGUUUUUUGUGUUUGGAUUAAGGGUGAAACGAGUCUCUCCUUUCCGAGAGGUUUAGAUUUCUGCAAACUGCUGAGAGGUGAGGCGGUGCUGGGAAGCCCAUAUUCACAUCUGAGUCAUGAGUUUGGUUCAGUAUUUAUACUGGAAUAUUUACAAGUAUCAGGCCAAAUUCCUCCCGGGUGUAACUCCAUUAACUUCAAAGGGCUAAAUUUGGGGAUGAAUUUGGUUCAUUGCCUCUAAAAGUCGAAUGCACAGCAAUUGUUUGGUGGCUCUAUUGGUGUGUGUCUAUUUUUUUCCUCCAAGACCCUUUCCUUUCUGUCUCCAUGCGGGUCCAUUUCAGUCAUGUUGUUGCAAUGGCCACCUACAGAAAUGUUUACCCAGGCUAAUGGGCCUGAUUCUCUCUUGCUUUGCACCUCGUGUUGUCAUUUCUAUCUGUGCAAAGGUGGGUGUAAAAUGCUGCCAGUCUGAUCUGGUGGUAUUAACACUUGCUUUGUACAGAUGUAAGCUCCCAACCCUGCACACAUGCUUAACUGUACUCAUGUAUGUAGUCCUAUUGACAUCAAUACUUGGCAAUAGUAGUUCAGCAUGUAUGUAAUCAUUUGCAGGACUGGAACCCAGGCAAGGUUCAGGGGAGAAUCAAACCCAACAUAUCCAGAAUCUGCUUUUUGCUGUAUUUCUGUCUGCGCUGUAGAUCUUCUAUUUUUUCUGUUUCCCCUCCCCAGCUGCAGCUUGCUCUCCAUUAAGUAGUGCUGAAUGGUGUGUCAUGGCCUUUUCACACCACACACAGUCCUACAUGGCUGCUUUUCUCACCCACCUGUGACGAGGUAUAAGAGUGGACACUCUGAGGAAUAGGAAUUGUGUGGUAUUUGAAUUUGGCUUUUGUUUGGAGCAAGGAUCUACCCUGACUUGGGCCAGAUCUCUAUUUCUGAGUCUUCAUAAAAAGAAGUGAAUUCUGGCAGGUUAGAUUCAGGCAUGGGUAUGAUGCACAGUCCUACCAAGUUGUUGGAUUUGUUCUUGUAUUUUUCUUUUUUGAAUGGAAGAAAUGUUUGGAAUUCUAAGACAUCUCACAAGGGCCCACUGGGGCUAUGCAUGUGCUUAAAGUUAAGCCUGUGGGUAAAUGUAAACAAGCAUAGGAGCCCUUUGAUAUCAGGCAAGCUCUUUUAUCUGUUUUACCCAUCUGUGGCUUUUGAUACUAGACUGUUUAGCAAUACACAUCAAUGGCAGAUGUCGAUGGGGAUUCUGGAUUCACCACAUAGUUGACAUAAAUAAAGAAAGGCUCAGCAAAACCUGCACAUGUAGCAUCAGCGCUUGGGUUAAUAGUGGACUUUGCAUUCCCUCCCCCAGGAAUGUGUUUAUUCCUUCUCGCCUGCAUAACUGAAAUGAUAUGAAUGUCCUGUGGGUUGCAGUGUGUCCCAUUGUCCUGGAGCACUGCUGCUGGCUAGCUUAGGACGGGUGAGAACUGCAGGGUGUGAACAGGGGUGAGACAAAACAUCUUUCUAAUCCCAGGCUCGGGAGCUGCAGCUUGUGCACAAUCUGCAAAAGGGAAGGAGCAUCCAAGGCUAACUGAAAAGAUUUUGUAAAAGACACUUUAAAAUAAAGUGUUUAAGAUGCCAUGACAGUGACAGGACAGCCAAAUCCUUCUGGCUUUACUCACACAGGUAGCCUUCCUGACGCUAAAGGCCUCUUUGGAUGAGUACGGCAAGCAGGAUUUGGCCCGAUAUAGAGACAGGUUUAACAAUGACUAAUAUAGCUACAUUAAGCAAAUCUGCUAGUCAUUUCUUCUUUAGCGUUACUGAGCUGAAGUUUAGGGGGCUCCAGUGGAUGGCAUCACAAGCACCUAAAGCCUUACAGAGAACACAGCUUGCUGCCCUGCUUUAGGUUUUAGUGACAGCAUGAGUUGUGGAAGGAGAAACACAGGACCCUGAACUCUGGUCUUGACAGGUUAUAAGCGUGCUGGCUCAUCUUUCAGGGCUUUUCGUCAAAAGGAGGAGUUCAAGUCACAGGAAGGCCCAGUGCCAAUAACUCACAAAUCCUAGAACAGUGGGAGAGCUCCUCUGGCCAGUCUAAAUAUCCAUUACACAGUGGUUCAAAGGCUUCAGCUGGCCCAGAAAAAUACCAUGCAUUUAUUUACAUUCAUACUGGUUAAAACAUGUAUCCUUCAUCAAAUCCUAUGAUGAAUAAUGUAGCUUACAUUUAAAAUUUGCUCCUAAUUUAAAUGGGAGUGAGAUUUGGCAAUGGUGCAGCAGAGGACAAAAAUGCCUGUGUUAGCUUGCUGGUUUGGGUUGGGUUUUUUUUGGCACUUUGUGGUUAUUGGUUUAAAAGAACAAAAAUCUCCUCCUGCAAGCGAGGCGUCCUGAAUAUGAGCUAGUGGAGGCCGAAAGGCAGCUUGUUCAUGGAGCGCUUUACACUAAGGGCAGCUUAGUGUUUCCAGCUGUUACACUAGUUUUUAAACAUUCCAACAGGACUGUGCGUAGAAGCUGUCCCAGAAGCUAUAAUGCAAGCAGUAAUAAUUCCUGAGCGGUCAGUGGUUCGUUUCAUAAAUUUGUUUGUAUAGCCGUCCAUUGAAUGCCUUAUUAUGAAAGCCAAACUAUGCAAUAAAAAUCUAAAGUCUGCUGCUGCUCCAACAUAUUUCAGCUGCUUAAAGCCCAAAGCAAGUGCAUAGAAUCGUAACCCCUGUUUUGAAGGCUACAUUUUUUGUUCGUGGGGAAAGGGCGCCUCCUCCUCCUCCUCCCCCCUCCCCACAAGAUUAGCGAUAACUACAGUUUGGUGAGGUUUGGAGAAUUUUUGCCACUGAAGGGCACACACACAGAAAAAAAUUGACUUUUCGUCCUUGUGUGUAUCUCCUGCUCGCUCGUCUCUUGCACCAUGUGUUGAUCAAGGAACUACAGAUGAUAUUGUUUCAGACACCGUUCCUGUUUAUUUUCCUCUAUUUAAUGCUAUGGAUUGUUUAAAAGUUGCAGAUUGAGUGGAACUGAUGGCUUCAGUGCUAGCAAUAAAAACGAAGCUGCACCACUUUUUCUGAAUGCAGCAUGUAGUGUGACAUGGAACUGGAAAUGAAUGCGCUUCCUGAGACUUUUAAAGUGUAAAGUAUGUAAAAUGUUUAUUCCCUUCCCCACUUCCUUUAAAUUGUGAUAAGAUACAAACAAGUGUGUUUGUGCCAAAUUUUGUGACAGCCCCUCUCUCUGGCAAGCAAGGAAGCUUUAUGUAUAAACAGUGUGCGUUUAUAUUAAGGUAAUAGCUCAUGUAACUUAAUAGUGUUGUAAAUGGGAGAGGGGAUUGCUAAACUAUAAAUACAGGUAUUUUAUUUUUUUGUACAUUUUUCAGAAGGAAAAUAAUAAAUAUUCAUAUGUAAGAGA